AUGGAUUACGCUCAUAAAAUCGGAAAGCAAAAGAACGAUAGUCGGCUGCAACUGCGUGACUGCGUGCCGCAAAACCCAUGUAAUCCCCAAAAGCCGGCAAAAUCUCUACGGGAAGAUCGUCGCUUGGCAAACUGGAAGCGAUGGCUGGCGGAUCGCAAGCGCCGACAAGAAUAUCUGGCUGCCGCUCUGAAACGCGAGCCCAUCGAUUUGGCGUUGAACGCGCACGAAAAAGCGCGAGCGAAAAAUGAAACGAGAUGCCUGUUGAAGGCAGCCGCUCGAACGGAAGUGACGAAUCAAGACAGGUAUCGCGGCAAUCCGGCGUUUUGGAGAGUCGAGGAGCGGCUGAGGAAGAAGCCCGACAACGGACGGGGUGACUGCUAUGACGAUGACGUGAUUGUCCAGCAGAGCAGGGACGACAGGUUUUUACCGCCGGACAUAACUCGAGUCGCACUGCCCGCGUACAUCAGGAAAGAAAAGAUGCUCAUUGAAAAACACGUGGAUCCAGCGAAAAUUAAUCUGCAUUCCAAUUGGGACUGCGGCGAGUAUUUGAAGCACCGCAGAGCGCAACUGCAAGGAGCGAUGAAGCACUUGGAGCCCAAGCAGCCGGAAACGGAGGAGCUAAUGAUAAUUGGCCGGAAUGGCGAUUGCCGCGAGGAGAAAGACUUGGUCGUCAGGAUACCCCUGAUCGUGAUCGUUCCAGACGAGCCCGAACGCGCGCUUCUCAACGAUCCCGACGACAGAGCCGCACUCAGCAUUCAAAACCGCGAGUUUGUGCUCGAAAGCUCGCGACAUUUUGAGAAAUUGUCCGCCGACGAGACGCAACGGCUGAGGCAAACUAACCAAGACUCGAACGGCGAGAAAUACGUUUACGCGCCGUUCGACUGCGAGCGCGUCUACCAGAUCCUGCCGGAGAAGUGCAAAUCAGUCACGUGGACACUGCACUUUCAGGCGCACUGCGGCGACACGACGGAGCGCAAGCUUUGCAUGGAAAACCGCGGCGUCAGAGUGGUCCACGUGGAGUGGCGCAAGGCGACUGCGCCUGGCGGCUCGCCGCUCGCGGUUGCAGAGCGCGUGGACAGCCGGUUUUUCUUCGACAAAGGCCGCCUCACAAUUCCGCCCGGUCAGAGAGUCCAAGUGCCAAUUUGGUUUCGCUCGCGGCGACCAGUCGUAACGACGGAAACGUGGAGGCUCGUCGUCGAUCCGACGGUUUAUCCCGGCACCCUGUUGCUGCGUCUUUGGGCCGUGGCCAGCGGCGAGAAGGGCCAACUCGAGCGCGACGCCCGAUACGAGAGCGUGAGAGCGUUGCUGAGACGUCGCGCUCGCGACGCAGCGAUCCGCGAGAUCAUCGAUGACUUGAUAGCGAGCGCGAGCGUCGAAUCUUCGCGCGACGACGACGUGCCCUACGAGGCGUACUUUUUGGAAAGCGAGCUGUUUCAAGCCAGGAAUCCCGGUUACCAUUACAAAUCGCUGCUGGUGGACGAACUGAGACGCAUGCACGAGGAUGCGACGGGCGAGCGAAAUUGGAAUUUAUUACUGGGCGGAUUGAGGUCGAGCCUUGUGAAACUCGACGAUCCGAUCGAGCGCCGCGAGAAGCUCGCGCGCCUUCAGGCCGUUUGCCGGGAAUGCUUGCUACCCGACUUUUAUUACGCUCGGCCGAGGGCAUCCGAGAAGAGACUCGUGUACUGGCUGCUCUGCAUGUUCGCCAAUAGAUUUGAGGACGAGGACGAUUACGUGGCGCGUUGCUGCUGUCGCGGAGUAGGUGCGGAUGACGCGAGCGAAGAAGCCACCGUCGUCAAUGAAUUGUCGGAAGCGGAGGACGGGCACAGCCAAGUCUACGUCGACGGUCGGAAUCUGGAAAUUUACCAGCAAGCCCUGUUCAUUAGAAUUCAUUGCCUGCUUGGUCAGACCAUCGACAAUGUGUGCUUGGUCGUGGAGUCCUGCCGUUUGUUCGGUAAAUAA